GUGGACAUCUACGACAGCGGUGCGACCCGCCAUAUAUCGCCAUAUCGAGACGAGUUUGUCUCCUAUCACAAGCUUCAGCCCCCACGUCCAAUCACAGCUGCAGACGGACGUAUCUUUUUGGCCAUAGGCGAAGGACAAGUCCGCAAGAAGCUGCCGAAU